AAGAAAAAACAGCGAAAACUGCACAUUUGAACUGGGAAAAGUGGUUUCAAAGGAAGACGCAACGUUAGGGUUUUGGAUUUGAUUUUCGUUUCCGUUUCACACUGUGAAAAAAGAAGAAGCACAAAAAAUGAUGAACGUUGAUCCUUCUCUCCCAGUGUUAACAACCGAGCAGAUUCAAAAGUGUUUGGAGGAGAAUAAGGAGCUAAUAAUGGCAAUACUGGAAGGUCAAAACAAGGGGAAAUAUGCCGAGAUCAUCCCAUAUCAAGCCAAGCUUCAGCAUAACUUGACUUUUCUUGCCAAACUUGCUGAUGUUGGACCUCAGGCUGGGCCUCAAGCACAGACACAUUCUCCGGGGCAAGGCAUGCAGCAGCAACCUCCUUUAAUAAUGUCCCAGCAGCCUCAUGUAGCAAUGUCCCAGCAACAACGACCAGACCUCUCUACCUUAAACUCAGCUUUCAAUACGAAUGAGCAGCAACAGCAACAACACUUAGCAAUGUCUUUACAGCAACAGCCUGAUUUUUCAACUUCAAAGAUGGCUUUCCAGAUGAAUGAGCAGCAUCAUAAGCUACCAGCUUUCUUCCAACAACGUCAACUUUUCCCCGAAGGCAUGGGUAGCUUUACUGGGACUACUAACAACAGUGGCAUGCAAACAAGACUCUGUAAUCUGCAAGAUACGCCAUCAUUCAACCAAAUGGGCUCAGACAUAAGUCCUGGUUGGUCUUAGGAGUAGUCAGCAUUUGGAUCUUGUGAAAAACUGGAUUGAUACAAAACCAUGAAAAAUUCUAUCAAAUUCUAACAGUAGUUUUUAGUUAAUAUCAAAAUGAAAACACCUUUUAUUUUUGUUGAAAUAGCUGUUAUUUUUAGUUUCUCUUGGAGGUUCAGUUUA